AUGAGCAAUCAAACAUCGCAAACCCUUGAAAGCCUUGCGGCAACGAUUCUGGAAAAGGUCGGUCUGGUCUCACGUCAGCUAGGUGCAGAGUCCAUACCACCUCCAACAUUUGCAGAAUCUGGCCACAACGACUACGCAGGUGAAAGCCUUACUCUCCGGAAGGCCCGAUAUGAUCUUGCUGCUGCUGCUAAGUCUCUCUGGCUUCUUGCACAGGGACCGGAAGAUCAAAUUAUAUCUUUGAAAUGGGCACCUUCAGACACAGCCAACUUGGAUGUAUUACUACGCUUCGACAUACCCGAGACAGUCCCUCUAGACGGUACGAUCACAUCAGAUGAGGUAGCAAAAAAAGUGGACCUACCUCUUGACAUUACCGAGCGUAUGCUUCGCUAUGCGGUUGGUAACGGUCUCUUCGUUGAACCCUCUCCAGGCGUGUUCGCACAUUCAGCCGCCUCGUCAAGACUUACACGCUCAACACACCUUCGACAUCUUGCCGUUGGAAGUUGUGGAAUGCAUGCUCGCUUUGUAGGCCGAAUCGCGGAUGCGCUCUGGUUGCAACAGCAGGCACGUCAGGGCACCAACAAGACACUCCUGGAGGGCAACGAGCCGGGAUACAACCCCGAAGCACCUUUCAACCUUGCUUACCCUGGCUACAAAAAUGUGUUCGAUUUUGCAGGCCAGAACAAGCAGGCCGCGGAAAUCUAUCAUCGCGCCAUGGUCGCGCGAGCAAAUCUACCGCGCUGGAAGAUGUCUCACAUUUUGGAGGCGCGGGACUGGUCAGAUGUUGGUGACGCCAUAAUCGUCGAUGUCGGUGGCUCAGCAGGCCAAACAGCCAUGGAAAUGGCACCUUCUAUUCCAAAGGCCCGUUUCAUUGUGCAGGAUUUCAACAAGGUGGCAUUGGAGCAGGGAAAACAGACUCUUGCCAAUGAAUUCUCAGAACUCUCGGACCGUAUCACUUUCGAAGAAUACGACUUCUUCACUCCCAAUACUGUUCAAGGCGAUUACUACAUUCUCCGUCAUAUUCUCCAUGACUGGACGGAUGAGAAUGUGAUCACCAUCAUGAAGAACCUGGCACCUGCUUUAAAGAAUGGUGCACGCAUUAUUCUCUACGAGGCUGUCAUGCCAGAGCCUCCAGCGCAGCUUGCCAACACUUGGGAUGAGAAAGCGGUCUGGUUAGAGGAUAUUUCCAUGUUGGCAGCUCACUAUGCCAAGGAGAGGACUUGCUCUCAGUAUGAGAAGCUCCUCAAGGCUGCUGAUCCUAAUUUCCACUACAUUGGAACUGGAAAGGCCCCUGCUGCUGUACAGUCAACGGUCGAGUUUGAGUACCGUAAGUAA